AUGACGUUCUCUCAAGAAGCGCAGCUAUCGCCACUAGUGCCAGCUAAAGGAGUGUGCACACAACGCCAUGUCGAUUCCCUCUACGCCAGCCCAAAAGUCUUCCCUCCAGAGGCCAAACUCAAGGCUGAACUCUCCACAGGCAUCACUGUCGAGUAUGCCAUUCACGAGAACGAGAACAAGGUCGACGAUGUAUCGGAAGAGCGCGUGGUCCUCAUUAUGGGAUUCGCGACAAUCAAAGAGGCGUGGACACCGCUGAUCGACAUGCUGCUGCACAACUGGAAUAAUACCAAUCACAAACGCAAUGUGAAGCUGGUGAGCUUUGAUAACCGAGGAGUGGGAGGGUCGGAUGUGCCUUGGCGGCGCUACACCACGAGUGGUAUGGCUCAAGAUGCCUUAGCUCUGAUGGACCACCUCAAGUGGAACACAGCUCACAUUGUAGGAAUCAGUAUGGGCGGAAUGAUCUCAAUGGAACUUGCAUCGGCAGCUCCCGAGCGAGUCAAGUCGCUUACUCUCAUAGUGACAACACGUGGUAAAUACACUGAAGAUCCUCGCUCCAGAGCGCCGAUGAAGGAGAGCUUGGAUGCCAAGAAACCCGAGGACAUUGCCAGGGCUCAGCUGAAAUUGCUAUUUAGCGACGACUUCCUGGCACAGUCGAUGGACUUUGGGGACAAAACAAAGCGUGACGUGAUCUACAAGUUUUUGGAAGAUCGAGCCACGUCACGUGUGAAGCCGUCACUCGUUGGACUGGUCAACCAGGUACUUGCGAUUCGAACGCACUGGGUUUCAGAUGAACGUCUUGCGGCCAUCAAUGACGCCGGGUUUCCGAUUCUGCUGGUCGGAUGUGCAAUGGACAUUCUCAUUCCUCCUCGCGAGACGCAGACGUUGCGUGGUUUCUUUAAGGGAGACCACGUCCGGACGCUGUUCUUCAAACAUGGUGGUCACGGUGUCGUCUUGCAAUAUCCAGAGGAAGUCGCGGAUGGUUUGACCGAGCUGAUUCUGCACUGCUAA